GAUUUCGCAUGAAAUGGCACAAAAAUACACCGCCGAUGAAAUUCACUGCAAAGUGAAAAACUUGACAAAGAAAUCCAGAGAGGAGAAAACCAAAGUUGGACCUUCUGGUGGUAGUCCCUCACCUAGGAAGCAUUAUAAUGCUGUGCAUCGCAUAGUAGGGUGCACUGCCGUUAAUUCGGCUUUGUAUAUAGAGACAUAUUCCGAGAAUUCAACAUUAUCCCAAUUGUUGCCGCCGUCCAACUCAUCAUUAUCACCUCCGUUGCCAUCACCAUCGCCAUCAUGUCCGCUGUCACCUUCGUUGCCAUCCCCAUCACCAUCAUGUCCGCUGCCACCUUCGCUGCCGUCACCAUCACCAUCAUGUCCGAUGCCGUCACCAUUACCUUCAUCUGCAACAAGAAAGCGUAAUCUUAGCGCCGAAUUGUUAAAGGUUUUAAAUAAGCAAACUGAGAUAUUGGAAAGGUCCUAA